CCAAGGAAGGUUGGCGGCCGCGGGGCGGCUGAAAGAGGGGGUGGGCACGAACGGGGGGGAAAAAGGACGGUUGCACAAGAACCAGCGGCGUGGUUCUUGGGAAUGACAUCGUUGUGUGUCGCCUUUGCCCCGUUGGAGAUCCUUGGGGUUACAUUUGCGGUUAACUAUGGAAGAAGGCGUGGAAGCAAUGUGCGGGCAAGCCACAAAACCAGUGACUACGCGGAGCCGGGUAUGGUCGCAUUGGAACAAGUAUCGAGCGGCUCUGGAAGCGAGCGAAGCGACUUUGUGAUACAUCAGAUAUACUCGGGCACAUCCACUGCCGACACACCCUUCUUUUCCUUCUUCUUUGGUUCGACCGACCGCCUUCUCGCCUCAACCCUCAGCGCCGAGACACGCGCAUGCAUGUGCGUCAGUUCGGUGUCUCUCCCGCCCACCGAAACGUCACAGGUUGGUGCUUGGCCCUUGCGAACAUCUUUUCCCCUUCCCCAAUGGCGAUGUGACGAUGGACGAAUGGAUGGAUGGGGUGAGCACGAGGGAAUUGAGGCCAAAGCUCUGACCGCCGCUCUCGUGCGUCGCCGCCGCGUGCUCUGCUUGCAUCUUGCUUGCAACCCAAGCCCAGAGGCAUUAGUAGGGAUGAGGGGACUUGCGAAGGUGUGUAUGUGUGCGUGUCAUCCACAUGGCAAUCCGCUCGAGGCGAGACAGGGAAGCGCGGUUCUUCUAGUUCGAGGGCCGUCGAUUGUUCUGGCGAAUCUCGCUGCUCGGUGGCUUGCAGCAGCGGCCCAUCCGCCACGUGCCCGAUGGGAGGGCGUGUGCGGAUCGCCAUGGGAAGCUGGAGCUGGGCUGGAAAGUCAAAUUUGGGUGUCUUUACGUUACAGGUAUUGCGUUUCUGAGGGUCCAAGGUGCAAGGUCAAGGGCUUCUAGGUCCAAUGUCAAGGUUCCAGGGGGUUCGGGGGGAGGGG